AUGAAUAACGAUAAUACUCGAGAUACCUUACUGAUUCAAAUACAUGACUCAACGUCGAAAUAUACAUACAAACAUAUAUAUCAAAGUGGUGAAUCUCUCAAACAUGAAACGGAAGAACGAUCUGUAAUUGAAACUCAUUCAAAUCAUCAACGAAAACGGCGAACAAAGACAAAUUAUUAUCCAACAACGAUUUACUACAAUAGUAAUCAUCGUCAAAAGUCACAACCGACACGCUCGUCAUAUCCAACAAGAAACUACGAGCGCUAUCCAUCGACUGUUCGUCCAUUGAUGGAAAUCAAGAAUGUCUACGAAGAUUUCGAUAAGGAUGAAAUCGCUUAUCUCACAUAUAAACCACGUGAAUCGAAACAACGUGGUCAAUAUCGCAAUCGCAAAGCUGAACUGGAUUGGGAUCAUGCAUUUGAUCUUGAUCAAUUACAUUUAUACACCACACAAAUCGAUCUCGAUAAUCACUCGUUGACAAGUCUUCAAAGUUCAACUGACAAUUCAUUUUCAUUCUUUUGA